CUGGCCAAGGACCUGGUGCAUCCCUCCUUGGAGGAUGAGAAGAGGAAGCACAAAAAGAAACGUCUCGUGCAGAGCCCGAACUCCUACUUUAUGGAUGUAAAAUGUCCAGGAUGCUACAAGAUCACCACAGUGUUCAGCCAUGCCCAGACAGUGGUUCUGUGUGUAGGGUGCUCAACUGUGCUGUGUCAGCCAACUGGGGGCAAAGCCAGGCUCACAGAAGGCUGUUCAUUUAGAAGAAAGCAACACUGAGCAGUUCAGCAUGUGAUUUUUGGAUCUGUGUUCCUGAAAGCCUUACCAGUUUAAAAAUGCCUGUUACAACAACAAUGUGAUUAUGAUUGAUUUUGUACAAAUUACAUGCUCCUGCUGACUAAUCUGCUGGAAUCUCUUUUUCAAUAAAUGAUCUGAAGUGCAAGUUCUUCCUGUAAGUUUGCAGAUAACCAAGCUCUAUUUUUAUAAGUUUGAACAGUAAAAACCUUGGACUUCCUGCAUCCUCCCCCUUGCUAAUCAUAAACUACAGCAGUAUAAUGCAUAUAGUUACAGAAACUGCUUUAAAAUGCAUUUUGUGUAUUUUAUUACUGCAGCUAGAGUAACUGCAAGGAUUGCAAAAGCUAGAUAAGAUUUAAAAUGGCUCAUUUGCUUUCAAUGUUGCUGUAGUCCCUUCCCCCUCUUGGGUAAUAUGCUGAUAAAUAAAAAUGAAAUGUUACUCACCUC